UUUUAAAUUCUAUUAUUUAGAAUAUAUCAACGUCCUCAAGCUUACUAUGCAAAAUUUUGAAGAUCCAAUAAUUAAUUCAAUUUCAUUCACCAAUACUUCAUUUAUUCCUCAACUUGAUACUACUCUCAACGUUUCAUCGUAUGUAAAUGAUGCGCGAGACAUUCCAGUCGCUUUUGACGAUCAUAUCUCUCAAGUUUCGACAAUGAUCCCUAUUAUCCCGCCACUAACUACGCCACAGAAUGAGAAUCAAGCUCACAACCUUCAAGCAGUAGCUCCAAAUAAUGCUUUACUACCUAUGCAAUAUUAUCAACAAGUAUCUCAUCCAUCUUUAUUAGCUCAUUCUCAAGAAACUGUGAGUGAACAUUCGUUCUUUUAUACGCCACGCAAUGAUAAUCAAUUAUAUCAUAUCAUUUGUAAAGAAAUAAGCGCAUCUCAGUUAAUAAGCAAUACUGAGAAUAACUUGAUGAAUGAUUACGUUCAACCUAACAACAUUUUUGUGUUUCACCAUGAACCACCUGAAAUUAAGAAAAUUUAUCAAAUAACAUGUGAAAUGAUUUCACAUACAUUUUUAUUUCAAUUUUUAAAUAGAAUUAAUUAUAAUAUUCAAUUCUUUAAGUAUGAACAUCAACAAGAAUUUUCUAGGAGACAUCGGGAAUAUCUCAAAGUUCAUUUGAAAAAUGACUUAAUUCAUUUUUUGAAACCAAAAAUUGUUUGUGAGCAUAAUUAUAAUGAACAAAAGAGAUUUAUUCAAGAUUAUCGUACUUAUGUAAGUAUGAUAAAUUCUAAUACAUAUGUACCUAAUAAUCAUUCUCAUCAACAAUAUUAUACAAAUACUCCUCUUCCUUUUUCUCAACAGAAUGAUAAUUUUCAAAUAGUUAGCUCUCAAAAUAAUGGUAAUCAAGAUAAUAGAUCUUAUUAUUAG